AUGCCGAGGAAACUAAAUCAUAAUGCCUAUACUGUGGGCUGGAUCUGCCCUUUGGAGGUCGAGCAAACCGCCGCGCUCGAGAUGUUGGACGAAGAACACCAGCGCCUGCCUCAGGCUGCUGCAGAUCACAACGUCUACAGCCUUGGGAGUAUAUCGGGGCAUAACGUGGUCAUCGCCGGGCUCCCAGUAGCUGGGAAUAAUCCGACAGCAACAGUUGUUACGCAAAUGAGGAUGACAUUUCCAAAUAUUAGAUUCGGCCUAUUGGUUGGCAUAGGAGGAGGCGUCCCAGCAAAGACUGACACAGGCAUGAUCCGACUGGGCGACGUCGUGGUUAGUAAACCAGACGGAAUCCAUUCUGGGGCAGUCCAAUAUGAUCACGGCAAAGCCAGAGUUGGUCAGUUUGAGCGUACAGGCGCCCUUGCUCCACCGCCGACAGUCCUCCUUAAUGCUGCCCAAGAUUUGGCGGCCAAACGGGCAAGGCUACGGAAAGACCCUGUCGUCAAAAACAUCAAACGUAUAGAUACGACCAUUCCAACUCUUCGAAAGUAUAAAUAUCCAGGAACGGUGCAGGAUCGGCUGUUCAAUGCUAGUUAUACUCACAGACAACAGGGCAGGCCAUGUGUAGAGUGUGGUUGUGACCUUUCACAACUGGUUAAGUAUGAGAUGGAAGAGGAAGAAGAGGUUGAUGACGAUAAGGAAUGGGUAAUUGUCCACAGAGGCACAAUUGCGUCUGGGGAACUGGUUGUGAAAAAUGGUGAACUGAGAGACCGUCUUGCAAAUAUAGACAGCCUGCUCUGUUUUGAGACUGAAGCUGCGGGCGCUCUGGCUGAUUUUCCUUGCAUGGUCAUUCGGGGCAUUUCCGAUUAUUGCGACUCACAUAAGAAUGAUCAGUGGCAUGGCUAUGCUGCCGCCGCGGCCGCGGCUUAUGCGAGGCAACUCUUUUUCCACAUGCCGAUUGACCAAGUGAAUCGCGAUCCACCCGCUUCGGAGAGCCUUCGCUUGUGGAACACGCCUGAUCCCGUUCCACACUUUUACGGUCGAACAGUGCUGCUGGCACAGAUUGUGUCGUAUUUCGACGACAUCGCUUCCGGAGCCCGUAGGCUUCCUCUGAUUCUAACCGGCUUGGGAGGUGUUGGGAAAUCCCAGGCCGCACUGGAAUAUGCCCGCUUAAACGCCGAUGAAUACCAGCUCUGUUUCCAAAUCGAUGCCACAAGCGACCAGACCAUUCUCGAGAGUUUGACCUCAAUCACAGCCAUGUUUGAAGUUGGUGGUAAGCAACCGGAUACUGAUGUGCCCUCAGAACGGCAGUUAGUACCGUAUUUCAAACUCCAAAUGGAAUGUUGCAAGUCUAGGUGGCUCUUGGUUAUCGACAACUACGACAGUCCCGCUCUGGUGAGGUUGUCAUCAUAUAUCCCAAGGUCAUCUCUUGGAGACAUCAUUAUCACUUCUCGUAGGACAGACGCCAGCGCUCUAGGCUGCACCAUUCCAGUUGAACCAAUGGAAGACGAUGAAUCAGAUGAGCUCUUACUUAAUCUUGCAGGAUUCACAGCCCUCAACACCACGGAUAGAGAGAGAGUCUAUGCGCGAGUCAUUUCCGAGUAUGUCGGUCAGCUUCCACUUGGAAUCGAGCUUGCUGCCGCUUAUGUUAAACAGAUUGGCCACGGAGGGUUGAGCAUGUAUGCCAGGUUGGUCGAGCAGCAGGAUGAAACAGUGUUGUAUGAGUCGCUGAGAAACGGGCCGGCGGGCCAGUACCUUUCCGACUAUCAGCUAGGAGUCUUUGAUACCUGGAGACGGUCAUUCAGGAUGAUAUCUGAGCAAAAUCCCAACGCAGCAAAGUUCUUACAGCUUUGUUCUUUUUUUGAUCGCUCUCAGCUGAAUUCACAGUUGUUUCGAGAUGCCACUAGCCGAAAAUAUCAUUGGACUCAGGCUGGAAAUCUUGCGAUGCUUGAACCUGGGAAAGCCGGAGUUCCACGAUGGCUACUUGCCUCUUGCACAAGGUUUGGAGAGUGGAAUGAGGCACAAUUUGUCCGCCUUUUAAUCGAGCUCGAGAACUUUUCCUUCCUCAAACGUGAAUUUCCGACGAUGAAAUCCACCAAUGGAAACAACCCGACACCUGACGCCGAAGGAACAAUGUCUGAACAAACCGGACAAGCUCAAGAUAACGAAGAAGAGGGAAAAGGAGAUGAGAUAUACGGUCUUUGGAUUCAUCCAUUAGUAUAUCAAUGGGCAAAAGAAAGCCUGGAACCGGCUGCAAAGGCGAAAGCGGCAUUGCAAGCAGUGUGGGUUUACCUUCAUAGCAUCGACGAUGAUGCCCAAGAAACCAAUAAAGAGCUUUUGAGGUUUGAGAUUUUUGCGGAUAUGAAAAGGCCUCGAUUCCAACUGCUCCAGAACUCCCACCCAUAUCACCAAGAUCUGGUGAAUGCAGUGGUGCUCAACGAUGUUCGAAACUUGAAAGAGACUCUAGAUGGGCCAAAGGCAAUGAAAAAUAUCUUUAGAGAUGGUCAGUUUCAAACCGGUGGUGGUGGCAUGGUGGACAGCUUCUUAGAUCUUAUAGUCAUUCUUCAAGGCUUUCGGAUAUUCCUUGAGCGCGUUUACUGCAAAGAGAUGGACCCAGAAGGUGUAUACUGGACGCUACCGAAGGCUGACUUUCAAGACACAUACGCUAUCUUGAUCGCAUUCCAAGAGCGAAAGUUGCACUCCAACGAAUACAUCAAAGCCAGCGAUAUAUUCACUCUGGCCCAGCACUACUUGGCUGGACAAUCUGAGUACGCUCAGGCUGUGAUUUUGUGUGCUUCAGUCGUCAAUGACGCUUUAUUCUGGGACAGAUUGGUUGCAGUAGCUCCAACUGUUGACAGGCUCAUCCAAAAACUUGAAGCUCCUCGCCGAGAUCGGGAGCUUAGCAUCCUCACCAUAGCGGCAUGUGCGCAGCUUUCAAUCUCCUAUGCCUUUGCAGUGGGCCGAUCUCAUAAUAACAAUAUCAAUCCGCUGGCCGACCCCAUGAACUUGCUCGAUCGUGAACGCCAUCAAGCAAUCCGAGUCAUUUCGUCCGUUGGUGAGACUGCUCUACGCAGCUUGGAGAUGAUCAAGGCGUACCAAGAUGCAUUCGAGGGUAAGAUACGCGUCAGGGAGCUGACCAUAUCGAAAAGCGUCCAGUGGCAACUCCAGAUGAGCUAUGCUUUUGCCUGCUUGCGAGAAGGACGUCCGGACGAGGCUGUCCCUAUCUUUGAAGCCAGCAUAUCAAACGCUAAAACUCUCCAUGGCCAGAAAGUCGCCCUCGCAUUGGACUCUGAAGUCCACCUCGCGAAGAAAGCGCAGCUAGGCAUAGCCUCCAAGCAAAUGGCGUUCUACUCGAGAUACACCAAGGCUGCUGGUCUGGAUGAUCCCCACGAUGACCGCAACAAAUGGCUCGAGUUUAUCGACUAUGCGGCGGAGCGCGAUCCAUCCAUUGUAGAAAAUUGGCAGAAAAGUCUGCAAUCUCCAAGAGAUAUGGUGAAUAAAUGGUCUCGGAUCGAGCUGCAACGACGGCCACAUGUUGGACCAAGAUCAGCUCCCACAAAUGCCAUGCCCGGAGGCUUCAUUGAAGAUGAUUUGCAACUAACCCCUGGAUUCAGCUCACAGGGCCUCGAAAUGGAGCCUCGAUUAACACACUUCAACUGGCCCACCGAACCCAUAGAGACCGAAAUUGCUGCAUUAUUAACAGAACUUGGCCACGAGUAUUCACAAUUCAAAUCUAACGUUCCCAAGUUUGCCACAGCUACUCUGGCCGACUCGGAUGUUCAGGAGACAACAGAUGAAAUUCCGGCACAGCCUGGCCCUUCUGCAGAGCUAGUUACAUCCCCCAACACAACAUUAGAAGACAAACGGAUCGAAUUCACCUCAAUUCUGUAUCCACCCCAGCCACCGGAGACCGAUCCUCGUAAUCAGGUUUUUGUCAAGACGCUGACCGGCAAAACGCUCACGAUCACCAUCGAUCCCAGCGCGACUGUAGAGAUGUUGAAGGACAAGAUAUACGACAAGGAAGGCAUCCCUGUUGACAAGCAGCGCAUCAUCUUUGCCGGCAAGCAGCUUGAAGAUGGCCGCACGCUUUCCGACUACAACGUCCAACGAAUGAACACUCUCCACCUUGUUAUGCGGUUGAGAGGUGCUGGGAUGUGUCGGCAUCGAUGCCCAACUCGGCGGUGCGUUCCCAUAGUGUCCGAAGGAUCACGAGAACAUCUCUUCGGACGCCUUGAGCUUGUCGAAGCCCGACUGCAUGCGGAUGAGGCUCACGGCAGGGAACCGUAUCUUAAACACAUCAAAAAUGGCGGUCGACGACGUCGGGAACCGGAUAUUGUGGUUAUGAAAUCUAAGCCUCCAUUUGUCGGCGGUGCCAGGUUCUCGCUAUCUCUUUUCUCUCAGGACUGUCAGAUCGGCCUCCUUAACGAGCUUACACCACAUAGCAAGGACGGUGGUCAUACUAUUAAGCGUGCUUCUAUCCUUAUACUCUUCUAG